UUAUUGUUUACUCGGUUCCCGUUGUUGUCGGAAAAUCAUAAAAUAAAAUAAAUAGGAUUUCUGUUAACAUUAACACUGAUCAACUUACGCUGUUUUAAUAUAAUAUGAGCCUAAAUCGCACCUAAACUGGUAGACAAAAACCGAGCUCACUAAACACAACUUUAAAACGACACAAAAAAAUACAAAUCUAUAAUAACCGUACAACAACGACAUCGUCGACGGCAGUUCCGUCGACGGCGACGGCGACACAGAUACGACAAGGCGUUAAUCUGUAGAUCGAGGCCCGUCAUCACUACCAUCGUCAUCACUGCCACCGUAAUCACUACUUUCGUAAUUUUCCUCAUCAACUUCUUAACCACCAUCGUAUUGAGUCUUCGAACGCCAUGAUGAUCGGCUGCGCUCCAGAUGGUGACGAAAUGUUUCUGAUGCCGCUGAAGAAAAGAAAACAUCUGGUCUGUCCAGGCGAUGGUCAGUCACUGAGUGAGAGACGGUGUGGCGACACCGGCCUGGACAAGUGCGGCGCACCCAGGCCCCGCAGACGUAGCGUAUGCGCGGCAGAAGACGACGACCUGACACCAAAGCCGGUGACUUGCCCUGGACCAUGCUUCGAGGACACAGCCGAGUGGCAGUCGACCAAAUCGACGGCGGCAUGCCUGUUCCGAGCCCUGGGCCAGCAUUACGACGAACCGUGGUUCCCGACUGUGAUCAACGAAUGGUCCGCCCUGUAUUACCAGUGCAGCCACGCUUGUGAUUACUGGCAGGGCCGGGACGAAUGGUUGGCUGGUGACGAGGAGGUUCGGCUGACCGUGUGGUCUGAAGUGCUUAAUUACAGAGAACAGUACAAGAGGCAGCUGAAUGACGGAUGCAACUCUGAGGUAACGGAAACCCAUGGAUGCCCUAACAAAGCCAACGAUCGAUUCGACUUACCGCACAAGAAUGUAGAACAGUUAUGUGAGGAGGAUCUGCCGUGCACUGACAACAGUGCACGGGCCGAAGUCGAGGUAGCUGAAAUAGCACUCGCGGACCCGGACGACAACCCUGACUGGGUGGAAAUGCGGCGCAAGAUGCGAGGCUCGUUCGCGGCGUUGAACGUAGCACGAUGCGAAGUCAAUGCUGAGUUACUGGACCAUAUCAUGAUCGAGCUGUGUAAAUAUUGGGCAAACGCGCCUGAAACCGAGAACCCCUAUCUAAUCGAUCAGCAUCUGGAGGAGAACAUUAUACAAGAGAUUCAAAACUUCCGAUUUAAACUAUUUGACGUGGCCAUCAUAAUCGAACCAGAAAUACAACAGCUGGGUCCGGAAACGUAUCAGGAUCCGAAACCUAGCCGAAAGCAGGAAUCUUGUCAAAAACCAGAACCGUGUCAGAAGCCGAAAUCGUGUUCUCCGUCACAGUCAGAACCAUGUUGUCCACGGAAGCCAGAAUCUUGUCGUCUCCAGGAGCCGGCACAGUGUUUCCCGCAGGAACCGAAAUCGCGCCUAAAGCCGGAAUCAUGUUGCCCACGGAAGCCAGAAUCUUGUCGUCUCCGGGAGCCGGCACAGUGUUCAUCACGGGAACCAAAAUCGUGCCUAAAGCCGGAACCAUAUUCUCCGUCUGAGCCAGAACAGUGUUGUCCAUCGGAACCGAAAUCGUGCCAAAAGCCGGUAUCAUGCUGUCCAAAAGAUCCUCAAUUAUGCUGUCCGCGGGGGCCAGAAUCGUAUUGUUCACAGAACCCUGAACCAUGCUGCCCACUGUUACCACCCAAACCUAAGUGUUGCGCCCGCAGGCGGUCUACCAAAACAAAGUUGGCUGAAGCCCGAGCUCGCCAUAACGCUACACAAGUUCGGGAUCGUGACAUUACAACUGGAUGGUUAGGUGGGAAUCCUCAUGAAUAAAUCGAUGUGCAUAUUUUUUAUUUAAACCUAUAUGUAUACUAAAUAAACGAUUUAAUAUUAUUAUAAA